CUAGAGUAUGGACAUUUUCAGAUUUGGCACCGUAGACUAUAUCGUGUUUCUGGGCAUGCUAAUAUUGUCCACGGCCACAGGAAUAUAUUAUGGAUACAUCAAGAAAAGCAAUAAAAAACCAGAAGAACCUUUACCAUCAAUCAGUUCUGGAGAGAAACGAAAACAUGAUUUCGGAUCGGAAAAGCUAAACGAGUACCUGAUGGGAUCGGGCAGUCUUAAGGUUUUUCCAGUAUCUAUGAGUCUUAUAGCAAGUUCUAUAUCGGGUGUCUCAAUUUUGGGUACCCCGCCAGAGGUCUACAACUAUGGAACCCAAUAUUGGAUUAUUGUUGUACCAAUUUUACUAGAGUAUUUUAUAACUGCUUAUAUUUAUUUGCCAGUAUUUUGGACUCUUCAAGUUGGCUCUUCGAAUGAGUACUUGGAGCUGCGCUUUCACUCCAGUAUUCGGAGUAUAGUUUCGCUUAUUUUUGUUCUAGGUGUGCUGAUGUACUUGCCCUUUUUGAUUUAUUUACCUGCCUUAUCGCUGAACCAAGUAUCUGGAAUUAACAUUUACAUAAUAGAAGCAGUUAUUGUGGUGGUUUGCGUUUUUUACACAAUUGUGGGAGGCCUUAAAGCUGUGGUUCAUACGGAUGUUUGGCAAACGGUGAUCAUGUUUGUUUCAGUUAUAGUCAUUGCUAUUCUGGGAACCAUUUAUGCCACUGGCAUGGAUUCUAUUUUUGAUGACUUGGAUCAGAGGGGACGCCUUGAAUUUUUCAACAUUGAUCCGUCACUUUAUGUACGGCAUACCGUUUGGGGCUUGGUCUUCGGGGAAUCCUUAAACUGGAUUUCCUUCAGUGCUGUUAACCCAACUGUGGUACAUCGGUACAUGUCACUUCCUUCCCUAAAUAAAGCCAGAGCUUCGUUGGCUAUAUAUUGUGUGGGUAGUGCUGGGUUUAUCUUUGUUUGCACCUAUUUGGGAGUGCUCCUGUUCGAGAAAUACAAGGACUGUGAUCCUUUGAGUGCAGGUCUGAUUACGAACGACGAUCAAAUGUUAUCCUUGUUUGUGGUCCAGAGUGUGGGUGACAUUUACGGGCUGCCGGGUUUGUUCAUAGCCGGAAUCUUUGGAGCAGGCUUGAGCUCGCUCUCGGUGUAUUACAACUCCACCUCCUUGGUGAUUCUGGAGGACAUCUUCAGAGGCUGCUUCAAAAUGCGUCCAAGCGAAAGGAUGUCCAAUAUCAUUGUUAAAUCCAGCAUUAUAGUCAUUGGAGUUCUUUCCAUGGCUCUGGCCCUGGUCUUGGAAAAACUUAGUGGUAUUCUAAGUGUCUGCACUGCAGUUGUGUCCAUAACAGCUAUCGCUGCUUUUGGCAUAUUCACUCUUGGAAUGUUAGUUCCUUGGGCCAACACCCUGGGCACGGCAAUCGGGGCCCUCGCCGGGGUCCUUCUAUCCGGAUGGAUAACCCUCGGAUCUCAGUUUGCAGCGGCAUCAGGACAGUUGAAUUCUCAGAAACGUCCCAUGUCCGUGGAUGGAUGUGAUGGUAAUGUGACCCUAGUGGAAAGUACUUGGGUAAACGAGGAGGAUGUGUUGGCACUUUACCGAAUAUCUUAUCACUGGCUAAUUUUAAUUGGAGUUACUACAGUUUUAGUCGUUGGAUCCUUGGUAUCCCUCGUGACAAAACCCACCAACAUAAGGACGAUUAAUCCAGAUCUGUUAUCCCCGGUUAUUCACAGAUUCCUACCAAAGAAAAAGACAAACAUUGAUGGUCAAGGAUAAACAGCCAAUUAAUAAAUAUUUACAUAUUAAAUCUAAGU